GUGUUCAGUUUGUUGUUUCCUAGGAAACUUUGCCGACGCUGGGAAGUGGAGUGCUCCGAGAAGCGAAAGGAUAUCCUCCCUCGUAGAGUUCCGUUCUGUCCAUCGAAGCAGGGAUAUAUUGUUAGCCUGGAGGAAUUACUGCACCUGGUCUUCGGGGUUUCUUGUUUCCCCUUUGGAAAGGAGAUGCGUAGAUCUUUUGAAAGUGGAUUAUUCAUUAAAUUGAGAAAGAAAGCCUUGUAUGUUUGUGUUCCUACACCUGUGUGAGUUAACUCAGCAGGUGUUGUUACAGUAUCUAUUCAUUUAUGUCAAUGACUUGGAAAUUUAAAUCCGGUUCUAAUUAUGGCUCACCUGUUUUCAAAAGAAGACUUAGAUGAACAGUUUGAACAGUUUCUGAGAGAGUCUCUUUCAGAUGAUUCAGUUGGAAAUGAACCGAAGAAAAAAUCCAGUGUUCUUGAAAGUAUUGGACAAGCCAGGAAUAAACAACUGAAAAAGCAUCCUGCGCCUUGGUGGCUAUCUGAAGACGGUUCACAAGAUGAUCGUAAGGCAAGGUUUAUCAAACAGGGGAAUGAGAAGAAAACACUGGGGGAGAAAAAUGAAAUGAUUGAAGAUGGUGAAAAGAAGAUACCACCUUCAAAAAGCCAGUCUGUUAAAGUAGUUACUCCUAAACCCUUUUCAAGCGCAUCCCGCAGCAAAGCCCUGGCCAAAUUCAAUUUAUUGGAAAAAUCCCUUAAAGCAAAGAAAAGUGUGCAUUUAAACGAAGAAGAAAUCCCUGCUACUGACAACCAUUCUGAGGGAAUACCUGGCACAAGAGGAAGUUUUCUGAAGUCACAAAGACUUUCCCAACCUAUUGUGGAAGCUGAUGAAGAUAAUGCAGAAAGCACUUUGCUUCCUCAAGCAAGUGGCAUUUCUGUUUCUCUGAGCAGAGAUAGCCUGGAAACUAAUGAUUCAGUUGUGGUUUCUGGUCCUCAUGAGAAUUUUUUGGACGUUGGCUUGGAUACCUUAGAAGAGCAAGAAGAAAAGGAGAGGUUCUUUGCCAAUCUUGAGAAAGGAGUAUCAUCUACCAUUGACUACUCCAGAUUGAACAAGGAGCUGGACUCCAAUGAUUCUGAUGUAUUACAGACAUUUCUACGAAGUCGUCCAAACGUGAGACAGGUAGAAGAAGAAAAUGACGAUGAACAGAAAAAUCAUGAAAAAUCUGGUGAUUAUAGUGAGGAUUUUGAAGACUCCGAAUCCAAAGACAAUAAUGUUGAACAAGCUGUCUCAUCAGAAGUGAAUGAGGAAAAGACCGGUAUGCUGGCUAAAGUUGUUCUCCUUGAUUCCCAGGACUCAACCAUGGAGAUUCAAAAGGUCAGUGAACAGCAGGAUGUAGCUGUCAUAGAACGUCACCUACCUCAAGACAGUGCAGCAGAUGAAAUGGAUGGAGCAGGUGCUUCUGGUGGGCAAACUAAUAGUGAUAUUGAAGCUUUGCAUCAGGCCUACAGCCAUAUUGAACACUCUUUAGGAGAUACAGACGAGCAAAGGAUUCAUACUGGUACAAUGCAAGUGGCAGAGGACUCUGUCAGAGAUGCUUCACAGAAUAAAGAAGAAUGUCCCAAGAAUACCUCCACUACUGAUUCAGAUUUGCCUACCAUAGAAGAACUGAUGAAACCUUUCAGACCAGAUUCAUCUUUCGCCAGGGGCUAUGACUUAGAGCCUGCCAGUUCUAUUAAUGUGGCACAGAGUGUGGACAAACGAGAAUCCGAUUUACCUUUGAAAGAACAUCAGAAUGAUUCUUCUCUGGAAAAGCAAAAUGUUAGCUGUCCAUUGGGGCAACAUAACAUACGGAAGGCUACUUCUAUUCAGACACAUGAAACAGAAAGUAGUUCUCAUCAUGAAGCUCAUAAAGACAGUCAAACUGAAAAGAUUGAAAAAGCUCCCUUGGUACAAAAUGUUUCACAAGACACUUCAGUUGUGCCUCAAGAUUUCAAAAUUAACCAGGUAUGUCCUCUAAAUGAAGGGAAUCUGGAAUCAGUCAUGAAUAAACAAGUAAUGCUCAAAAACAUGAAAACCAGGAGCACUAUCCAUAAAAAGAAAUCUAUGAGUGGACCCUAUAACUCUGUUAGGAGUUCUGGCUAUGGCAGGUCCAGUUCUCCGUUAAAGCAGUUUCCCACCGUUAACGAAAAGAAAAUGUUAAAUGAAAACACCAAAAGGCCAGUUUUGAAAGCCAAAUCUUCUGCAAGGCCCAAAGACAAAGAAACAUUUUCUGGAACAAGGGUAAUACAAACAAACAAACCAGUUUCUAUGAAGAGAGAUUCCCUUGCUACUAUUGCGCGCACCUCUGCAAGUAGUCCCCAACAGCAAGAUAAAGGAAAGGACUCUUCUCUGGAGAGUUGCCAUGCUUCUUCUUAUUCUCCUUCCCAAAAUAGUGGAAGGGAACUUUAUUUAUUUAGAAGAGUUCAGGAAGUAGAGGAAAAAUUGGCUGUAGCCCAUGAUUUAAUUCAUCAUCUCAAAGCCACAUCUUUGCACAAGGAGAAGGAAAUGGAGGCAAAAAUAACAGAUAUGGAAAUGCAACGUGAAAGAGAUUUUUGUCAGCUAAACCAAGAAAAGUACGUUCUUCAAACACAGCUAAAUAAUAGAGAAAACCUGAACAAAGGAGGGAAGUGGACAGACAUUUGGGAAAGAAUUCCUGAUGAUGGAGAAAUAUUGAAAGAAAUCCAAAAAGAAGUUCGCAAUCAAGAAACUCUUCUUCAGGGUUAUCAGCAGGAAAAUGAACGGUUAUACCAGAAAGUAAAAGAGCUGCAGAUAAGUAACAAGAAAAAUGAGGAAAACAUGUUUAAAGAAAAUCAGCGCUUGAUGACUGAACUCGCAUCCUUAAGAGAACAAAUGGAAAGAAAUAAUCUUUUAUCUCGUGGAGUGCAGAAUUCUGAAUCAGCUGGCAAUCAGAGUUUUACGGAUUUAAUUUUAGAACUUCGAGCAGCUAAGGCAGCAGAAACUAGUUUGCUUGAAGAAAGAAAGAGGCUAAAGCAAGACAAACAAGCCCUUGAAGUAGACUUGGAACAAGUGAAGAAAGAACGAGAUUUGGCAAGAGCCCAAAUUACUUCUACUUCAGAUGUAAAAUCAUAUGAGAUGAAGGUUAUGGAAGAAUCCUACAAAGAGGAAAUUGGACGUUUACAGAAAAGGCUUCAGUGGUAUGCAGAAAAUCAGGAGUUGCUGGAUAAAGAUGCAGCCUGUCUGAGAGGAGCAAAAACAGAAAUUGAUAAACUGAAAAAAGAGGUCGAUAAGCUUAGAAGUGAAGCUGGGAGUCAGUCAGCACACCAAAAGAAACGACUGAAGGACAAGGCAGCAGAUGCCAAACGAAUUCAAGACCUUGAGCGGCAGGUUAAGGAAAUGGAAGGGAUUAUAAAAAGAAGACAUCCAAAUUCUUUGCCAGCUUUGAUCUAUGCUGCUGCCACAGCAAAUUCUGAUGGAGGUGGUGAUGCUUCAUCAAAAACCAAUACAGUUGAUUUUCUUGAAAGAAGAAUUAAAAAGUUAGAAACAGAACUUGAGGGUAAAGAUGAUGAUGCUAAGAAAAGUCUCCGAGCUAUGGAACAGCAGUUUCAAAAAAUAAAGCAUCAGUAUGAGAAAAGGGUCAGUGAGCUUGAACAGCUCUUGUCAUAUAAGCUGCUGAAUGACCCUCUGAAGCUUCAAGACAGGACAGUCAGCCUAGCAGCACUUGAGGAAGAGCUCCGUAGCGUGAACGAGGCCCAUGAGAACACAGUAAAAAACCUUCAAGCAGAAAUUGAUUCCCUUAGAAGUCAGAUUGCUCAGCUACAGCUUCAGCAGAAAGGAACGGAGGAUGCAGAUAUCCAGUCGCUUGAACUCCAGGUGGAGCAGGCUCAGGCAAAGGCCAGGUUGGCGAGACUAAACCAAGACCUAGUUGCUAAGAGCAGAGAGAUACAAGACCUCACACGAACUGUAGAGAGACUUCAGAAGGAAAGGAGGAUUAUGCUCUCUGGUAAGGGUUCAGCUGGCCAAACUGAUAGUAAAGAAAAUCCUUCAAAAAAUGUGGGGAAAGUGAUUUUUGGCUCAAAGAACCCCAGAAGUGAAGAGUUCUUCCCUGGCACUCCUGAUGAGAAGACAUAUCAGCCCAGUGCCUUUGCUGAUUCUCAUAUCUCAGACGUCCUGCAAGAAAAUUCCCUGCUGAAAAACAAGCUGGAAAAAUUGACCAUGGAACUAAACCAGCAAAGGAUAAUGCCUCAAGCAGAGCUGGCUAAUUCUGAAGGUGUCAUAUGGAGGACGAAAGGAGACUCAGAAGACUAUAUUGCAGCCCUUAAAGCAUCGCAUCAGAAAGAGAUAGAGAACAUUCUUCAUCAGCAUGCUGUGGAGCAUUCUACUUCCAAAGUGGCUCAGUUAAACAGUAAAAUUUCAACGCAGGAGGUCUUGAUAAAACAUCUUCAGCAGCAGCUGCUCGAGUUGCAAAGAGAUCAAGAAGCACUUAGGGUUUCCCAGAUGCGGGAGGAAAUUCUUCAAAGAGAAAUGGGAAAAUUGUUAGAAGAACUUGGAGAAGCUAAAAAGAGCCAGAAGCCUGAAAUGAAACACUUUGUGCACCUGGAAAGGAAGAUCAGGCAGAUGGAAGCCAGAUAUGAACAAAGAGAGCAAGAGCUUCAGCAGGUAAUACAGCACACUCGGCAUAUUGCAGAAGUGGAACAAGACCAGGAAACUAAGAAAUGGAGGAAGCUGGCCCUGCUGAAAAAUCAGGAGCUGGAGAAAUUCCGUAUAGAAUUGGAUUCCAUGUUGGACGUUCUGCGGCAGCUUCAGAAACAAGGUGUCAUAAUUCCUGCAAGAGGUUCAAACAUGCCUGAAAGUUAUUGGAAGAUCUGAAGCAUCCAACUUAAUAAAGCGUUUUAAUAAAGAGACAGAAGCAGAAGUAUUCCACAAGAUUCACUUCUAAGGCCUAUGUCCUGAUUUCCAGUGUCCAAAUUAAUUGAUACUUUUUUGAUAAGUUUUUUUUUGUUACUGAUAGCUGUAUUUGAAUAUUAAACACUAGAACAAA